AUGUCUGAGUAUUUUGUUUAUUUACUAACUCAUGAGUCAAUUGCAAAACCAUUCUUUCUUUUCAUUGCAUUAUCUUUCUUUCUUCCUUUCUUUCUUUCUUUUCAGUAUCUUUCUUUUUUCUUUCUUUCUUUUUCAGUAUCUUCCUUUUUUUUCUUUCUUUUCAUAUCUUUCUUUUUCUUCCUUUCUUUUCAGUAUCUUUCUUUUUCUUUCUUUCUUUUUCAUAUCUUUCUUUUUCUUUCUUUUCUUUUCAGUAUCUUUUUUUUCUUUCUUUUCAGUAUCUUUCUUUUCUUCCUUUCUUUUCAGUAUCUUUCUUUUUUCUUUCUUUCUUUUCAGUAUCUUUCUUUUUUCUUUCUUUUCAGUAUCUUUCUUUUUUCUUUCUUUCUUUUCAGUAUCUUUCUUUUUUCUUUCUUUUCAGUAUCUUUCUUUUUCUUCCAUUCUUUUCAGUAUCUUUCUUUUUCUUCCUUUCUUUCUUUUCAUUAUCUUUCUUUUUUCUUUCUUUCUUUUCAGUAUCUUUUUCUUUCUUUCUUUCUUUUCAGUAUCUUUCUUUUUCUUUCUUUCUUUAUCAUUUUUCUUUCUUUUCCUCAUUUUUCAUUCUUUUCAUUGCAUUAUCUUUCUUUCUUUUCAUUAUCUUCCUUUUUUCUUUCUUUCUUUUCCUUAUCUUUCUUUUCCUCAUUUUUCUUUCUUUUUCUUUCUUUCUUUUCAUUAUCUUUCUUUUUUCUUUUUCAUUACCUUUCUUUUGAUUUCACUUCUUUCCUCUUUCCUCAUUAUCCUUUUAUUACAUUUUCCUUUUUGACCACAUUUUAUCUAUCUAUCUAUCUAUCUAUCUAUCUAUCUAGGUACCUUGCUCUUGUUCCAUUCAAUUCUAUCUAUCUAUCUAUCUAUCUAUCUAUCUAUCUAUCUAUCUAUCUAUCUUGCUCUGUUUUUAUCUAUCUUUUUCUAUCUAUCUAUCUAUCUAUAUAUCAUCUAUCUAUAACUGUUUAA